AGUAUAUGCUAAAACUAGUCCAGAUUCAAUGUAUAUAAUAAAAUGUGCCGACUAUAUUGAUUCUGCUUUACAAUAUCUACGUAUUUCCUUGCGUCUCUUUUUUUGUCAUGUUUUUGAAACAACCUCUUAAAUAUAUAAGAGAACACACAACAAAACCCAUCUUCAACAUUGAUUUUACAAACACUAACAACAGAACAACCAUGGGAGAAGUAGACCCAGCUUUUGUUCAAGAACAAGAACACAGACCAAAACUCUCCAUAAUCGAAGCCAAAGGAAUUCCCGAAAUUGACCUCUCACCAAUAUUCAACCAUGAUGUUCCAGAUCAAUCUGCUGUUGAUGCCUUAGUGAAGGAAAUUGGAAGUGCAUCCAAAGAGUGGGGAUUCUUUCAAGUUACAAACCAUGGUGUUCCUUUGAGUCUUAGACAGAGACUUGAGGAAGCUUCUAGAUUGUUUUUUGCUCAGAGUUUGGAGGAUAAGAAGAAAGUUGCGAGAGAUGAGAUUAAUCCAACUGGUUAUUAUGAUACAGAGCAUACCAAGAAUGUUAGGGAUUGGAAAGAAGUGUUUGAUUUUCUUUCUCAAGAUCCUACUUUUGUUCCUCUGAAUUCUGAUGAAGAUGAUCAUCAAGUUAUUCAAUGGUCUAAUCCUUCCCCUCCAUAUCCUCCACAAUUCAGGGCUAUAGUUGAAGAGUAUCUUGAAGAGAUGGAAAAGUUGGCCUAUAAGUUGCUGGAGCUAAUAGCUUUGAGCUUAGGACUUGAAGCAAAGAGGUUUGAAAAAUUCUUCAAACUUCAAACUAGCUUUAUUAGAUUCAAUCACUAUCCUCCAUGCCCUUAUCCUCACCUAGCUCUUGGCGUCGGACGACACAAAGAUGCUGGUGCCUUAACUAUUCUUGCCCAAGAUGAGGUUGGAGGACUUGAAGUGAAGCGUAAAUCAGAUCAAGAGUGGGUUCUUGUGAAACCUACUCCGGAUGCUUACAUUAUUAACGUUGGUGAUAUCAUUCAGGUUUGGAGCAAUGACGCAUAUGAGAGUGUGGAACAUAGAGUAAUGGUUAACUCUCAAAGAGAAAGGUUUUCAAUUCCUUUCUUUUUCUUCCCUGCACAUGAUACUGAAGUCAAGCCUUUGGAAGAGCUGAUAAAUGAUGAAAACCCUUCAAAAUAUAGACCUUACAAUUGGGGCAAGUUUCUUGUCAACAGAAAGAGUAGCAAUUUCCAGAAGAAAAAAGCGGAGAACGUCCAAAUUUAUCACUAUAAAAUAGCUUAAGAGAUUAUAAUAAAAGCUUAGCUUGUGCAUGUAAAUAAAUUGGGUAUAUUGGAAUAAAUUGAAUAAUAUGUUGCAGCAGAUUGAUCCAA